GAAAAAAGGUGGAGAGUUCGUUACCUCGCUGCUGAGCAAAUGGAACGUUGGCUACACCACUAGAGAAGUUUACCAAAGUAUGACAACUUCUGCCUCGGAAAGAGUCCACACGGUUUAAUUUACCUCAGCACCGUGAUGUCUAAAGACAAGAUGGAUAAAAUAUUCAUAUUACUUCAGAAGUUCAGACUGGAUAAAUACUACAAAAAAUUAAUUGAUCUUGGGAUUGAAGAAGAACUGGAUUUUUUUGACAGCGUCAAUGAUGUGACCUUAAAAACCAUGGAUUUUUCACAAGCAGAGAGGAACCGGUAUGACAAUAUGGUUGCUUAUCUGAAAAGAAUCGGCAAUGCACCAGUUCCAGAGAUGCAAGGAAUGCCUGUAAUGAAGUCAAUUAAUUCAUUUCAUAUAUCCUACCGAUUUCCAAAAUGUCCUGGGAUACAAGAGAUCACAGGUAUAGAUCCCUCACAGAAUACAGUGGAGGACCUGAUGCUGCGAAUCUGCCAUGAAAACAAGGUUGACAGAAACAUGUCUGUAUGCCUUUACACUGCUGAUGGUAUGCCUUUGACCGAUGACCCCUUUUUCAACACAUGGUCUUUGAAUGACAGACAUAUUACAAGUGGGAGUGAACUGUAUGCCAUAUUUACACCAAGGGAAAAUUUAACAGAGUUACCACCGACACAAAGACAGGCCCACAUCAGAAAUGAAGGACCAAGUGUCAUCCGCUGUCACAUAGCGUUACAGGGAGACUUUGAAAUCAAAGUCAACCUCGAAAGUGAUACACUGAGAGAUGUGACACUACGGCUUUCUCUUGAAAGUAGUAUACCAGCACCAGUUCUUCACAUCAGAGGCGAAGAGUAUAAUCAUGUUGACAAACUAAGUGAGCUUGGAAUCACAGAGGAUUCAGUUCUACAAGUUCUCUCUGUCAUCGUUUGAUAAUGAGAAACCAAGUCCAAGUCUUUUGUUCCAAAAAGAUGUCAGACCCUCAGUGAAGCAAACAGAGAAAGGCCUAAGUGUUUUUCUGUCAACGCUCUAUGCCAUUAAACGUAAACACUGUGGAGACGAAUUUAAGAAAGUGGUUGCAUACAUUAGGAGACUGAGUGGAUGCAAUGCUUUGGCUGAAAGUUUAUUCCAAAUGAUCUGUGGGAACUUAUAUGUAACAAGAAACCAAAAGAUUGCUGUUGUUGAGGGUCUUUACUUUCUUUUCCGAGAGUUGUUACCAGGUCUUAAUGAAAGAUCAGGUCCAAAGGUCAUUGAAGAUGAUGAUGUUUUUGAAUAUGCAAAUAUUUGCUGGGCUUACUUGAUUGCUCAAGGACAGAAUGAAAGUACUGAUCUGGAGACCUAUGCUACAAUUUCCUUGAAAGCUUAUCCUACUGGCCAGCGGCUGUCUGAGCCAGUCAGAGUACCAGGAACACCGGAAGUAUUUGACCGG